GGAACAGAAGUUCAGCAAGACCAAGACGUGGGCGCCCGGCCCCGCGCCUGGGCCCACUCGAUCCAGAUCAUGAAGGUGGAGGAGAUCGCAGCCAGCAAGUGUCCCCCACCAUCAGUCAAGCAAUUCCAUGACUCCAAGAUCAACUUCCAGCUGCCCCACCAGGUCCUGUGUUGUCAGCACAAGCCAUGCUUCACCACCAAGAGGCCCAACACCUUCUUUUAUGUGCAGGCCCUCCCAGUCCCCAGGUCUGCCCAAAUAAAACUCUUUGGGUAAACCAAAACCAAAGCCAAAACAAAAAAAUC